AUGCACAGAGCUCCUAGAGGUCGUCGCGCGAGAGGGCACGGUUCUCGAGGCCGUGGUGACAGAGCUAGAUGCCGUGGAGGCCGGGGUCAAGGUCGUGGAGAGACUGAGGCGCCGAGUGUGGCGAUUGCGUCGUUGACCCAGUCAGUAUCCGUGCUAUUGGCUCGUUUUCCGCCAGCAAUUCCACAGGGGGCUCCGGGAGUACCUCCAGUGGCAGAGGUGCACAGUUGGUUCAGCCGUAGGCUGCGAGUUUGGGUGUGCCGUUCUAUUUAG